AUGGAUGAUAAUUCUUUGAGCGAGUAUCAUAGUGAGCAGUAUCAUAGUGGGCUGAUCAUCGAGGAAGAGGAGGAGAAUGUCCCUGGAGGGCCUAAUAUAUCAACAAAUCAUAAGGAAGUGAUUGCUUCCAUCGAUGAAGAUCAUAGCCUUGAUUAUGAUCAUGACAUCGAUCAAAUGGAUGAGUACGAUGAGUUAUCACAAGAGGAAGGCCAUGCAGAUGAUGUGGAGAGUAAUAGCUAUGAGCAAGUGUCCCAACAGCCGUUCCAUUCGCUCCCCAACAGAAGACCAAAAUUAUCCGAUACCACAGGAGGAAAAUUCGAUCCAUCCCUUUUCGAGCAUGGUGGAAUGAGCAGUUCGUCGGCAGAAGAGGAAAGUGGAAUAUAUAAUGACGACAGUGAAGUUUCAGAGGCAGAUAUGACCCCCGGAGUUGACAUUGACAUGGCUAGUCAUCUCCUAAAUGCUAUGAACAAUACUCAAGUAAUUGACGGGGAAGACGAAUAUGACAUUGGUCAAAGCAUGGAACAUUCAUUCAAACCUAAAGUGGAAGACCAAGAGGACUAUGAGUAUAGUUUCAAGGAUGAUGAUGAAAAUCAAGAGACGAUAAGACACCUUGAAGAGGAAGAACGAAAAUCGCAAAAUGAUGAAAUCGUGGUUCUUUCCAGUGAAGACGAAGAAGACAUGUCUGGUCCUGAAAAUGCUUCAUCUGACUCCGAAGAAGAUUCACAUUUAUCUGGCCCUACCAAAUCUGACAAUGAAUCAAAUCGAAACCUCGACGAAGCACACGACUUGUUCACUAAUGAAGAACGCAGAAUUUCUCUUAAUGUGAUAAAUCAUAUUUCUUAUAAUGAUGAACAGCAUGAAGAAUGGACAGAAGAGGCUACUCAUGCUAACACUACUAUCGAUCCACUGUUGAACUCUAACCUAUUCGCAAACAUUGCACAAGAAGCGCUUGCUGACAUUCCUUCAACUUCUAAUGCGCUUUCCAGUGACUACCCUGCAGAUGUUGAAUCUGAUUUCAAUCGUGGGCAAGUUGCCGAGAUAGAGCAGAGCUCUGAGAUUAUCGACGAUAUGGUGAAAGGAAAUGAGCAGGCAGAAAUCGAUUUGCACUCUAAAACCACUGAAGAACAAGAAAAUAUUGUCAGCGAGGGCUCAUUAGCUGAUUCGGAGGCGGAUGUUGAAAAUAUUCAAGAUCAGGGUAUCAUGAUACCUAAAGCUAAUCUCAAAUAUCCUGUCUUCAAAACGAUCAAGCAAGAACUGCCAGAAGUAGUCUUGCAUAAAUUGGAAGAAACAGAGAAGAGGUUCCACAUAAAGUUACACACUCUUGAAAAUUUAAAAUCUGAACUUGGAAUUACUUCAAUAGAGCCCGAGGAGUCAGACUCCUUUUCGGCCACUGGUAAUACUAUAUAUGAGGAUGCCCAGGCGCUUGAAGAUGAACUAAUGCAAGAUAUCCUGCGAGUGGCUCAAGAAAUGGCCGAAGUUCAUGAACAAAUAGAAGCUAUUGAAAAUCCUCAGAAAUUCGUGGAAACUGAACUGAUUUUUCACGAGAAGGAAAAUGAAGAUAUGAACUCAGAGGACAAAAUAACGUACAAUCACAGUUCCUCGCUUAUGGCUACUCUGUCGAAUUUAAACGAUCCUAAGGAAUUUGUGGGCCUACAGGCUCUGAAUAUACUUAGUGAGAACGCGAGUAUUGAACCUGAGCCUAAAACUCAAAUCGUCCCAACCGUUUUGCCAAGAAAUGACGAUCCAAUUGAAAAGGAUAAUGCAGAUGAAACUGAUGUACUGCCUAAUCAAAUGGAGCCUGAAUCAAUCAAUGAUAUUCCUCAAGGUAUUGUACAAGACGAAAACGCACUGGAAGAAGAGAUCUUUCACGAUGCCACAAGCAGUUUGAAAGUUGAUAGGCAAAAGUCGACUAUUGACAACGAAUGCGAAAAUAAGUCUGUGAGUGAUAGUGUGCCCAGAGACACAUGUCUCAACACUAGCUUCAUGAAUACAAAUGAGAAUGCUGACAGUGUGAAAACAAAUGCUAAUACGAAUGGGAGAAAGUCAGAUGAUGAAUGUAACUUCUCUCAAAAUUUUCAAGAGGGCAUUACCAAUCAACAUACGGAUGAAGAAAUGUUCAGCGCAACAGAUGACUAUGCUGAAAAUCCCGUAUCUGAUACAGCUUCAGUUAUUCAGGAAGAUCUUUCAUUUGAUUCCCAGGAUGCUGAAAACCAUCCAGGGCAAGAUUCCUCUAAUGCUGAAGAGACGCUUGAAAGAGAAAGAGAUAGAAUAUUUGAAAAUGCUGCUGAACCCCAGUGCUGA